UUCCCUUCUGCUUUCAGAAGUAAGUGAAUAUAAGUGUUGAUGAUAGCUGCUACGUUGUGAAAAGCAAUGCCUGAGCUGUGCCAGCAAGAGGCCCUGGAGAGCCAGUAUGAGCUCCACCAAACCAUUGGCUCAGGUGGCUUUGCUAAAGUUAAGGCAGCCACGCACCUCCUCACUGGCCAGAAAGUUGCUAUCAAGAUUAUGGACAAAAAGCAAUUGGGAGAUGACCUGCCCCGCAUCUACCAAGAAAUUGAAGCCAUGAAGCUGCUGAGCCAUCAACACAUCUGCCGACUCUACCAAGUGCUGGAAACAUCCUCUAGAAUAUACAUGGUCCUGGAGUACUGCCCUGGUGGUGAACUUUUUGACUACAUUGUGGAGCGAGACAGACUGGAGGAAGAGGAGGCCCGAGUGUUCUUUCACCAGAUUGUGUCAGCCGUGGCUUACAUCCAUAAAAUGGGCUAUGCUCACCGAGACCUCAAGCCUGAGAACCUGUUGCUGGAUGAUGACCAGUGCCUGAAGCUCAUUGACUUUGGUUUGUGUGCCAACCCUGACGGUGGCCUCGCACAACAGCUUGCCACCUGCUGCGGGUCUCCUGCCUACGCUGCUCCAGAGCUGGUCUCUGGCAGGCAUUACUUAGGAUCAGAAACCGACAUAUGGAGUCUGGGUGUGCUGCUGUAUGCGCUGCUCUGUGGCUUCCUGCCAUUUGAUGAUGAGAAUCUCGGCACUCUGUACCGCAAAAUUCAGUUGGGCCAAUAUGAGGAACCUGAUUGGCUAAGCAGUGGCUCACGGAGCAUACUGCGGGCCAUGCUUCAAGUGGACCCUCGCCGGCGCAUCACGGUGCACCAGCUGCAGGCCCACCCCUGGCUCUCAGCUGGCACACCCCUGCAUAUCAAGCCAGCUGUUGGACGGGACCCUCAGAGGGAGGGCGUGGAUGAAGCCAUCAUCACGACGAUGGCGGUGUCUGGAGGACGGUCGCGCGUUGCGGUGCGGGAGGCGGUGGAGCGCUGGGCAUACGACCACACCACCGCCACCUACCUCAUCCUGCACCACAGGAAGCACUGCACUCCUGCUCAGGGUGGGGCCUUCGGUGCCGCGCGCUGCCUGCUUCCCAGCAUAGGGAGUGGGGGAGAGAGGGGAGUGGAUGUUGGGGACUUGACUCCUCUCGGCGCCUCCCCCCGCGGACUGCAUACUUCCCUGGAGGGGGGACUACAAGACGCUCAGCUGCUCACCAUCGCCAGUCCUCAUAACCGCGUGAGCAACAGCAGCAGCGCAUCAGCGUCAUCUGACGAAGGUGUCGGUGAUUCCCACGUCAUAGACACAGACGUUAGCAAUGCGGCCACCACCAGCAGCAGUAGCAGCAACAGCAGCGGCUACUCCAGCAGUGCAAACAGUAACCGUUUGAGCAGCGAUAAUUCUUCAGAUAGCAACAGUAAUUCUUCAAGCAGCAAGAAUAAUUAUACUAACACUAAUUAUUCAGGCAGCAAUUGUAGUAAUUCAGGCUAUUUGAGCAGCAAUAAUGCGACGUUUAUUAGUAGUCCUCGCCGUAAGCGUCCUGUGGCCGACAUUAUGGACGCCGCGCGUGGGCUGGAAGACGACAAAGAGAACAAGUUCCUCCUGCCCACCGCGCCUACACCAGCUGCCAAGACACGGAGGAAAGGAACGCCUACCACUCCUGCUGCGGCUCGCAUCUCACCUGCGCGCUCUGUUGACAGCGGCUUGAACGACUACGCCACGCCCACCAAGCAUGGAUGGAACUAUGCCAGGACCCCAGAGCGCAACACCCCCCGCGCUCGCACUACUGCGUCCGGUGGCGUCUUUGGCAGCAUUGAGAAGAGCUUGGAUAAGAUGAAGACGUUGCUCACUCCCCGCCGCCGGCUGCCCACGCAUAACAGCGGUCCUAUACUCGUACACAGCAAGAAUCUGUACAACGUGAGCACGACAGGCAGUAAUGAUCCUGACUUAGUGCUUAGCGACCUCAGGCGCGCUCUGCACAACCAAGGCAUCCACUGCACCCAGAAAGGGUACACCCUGCGCGGCAAGGUGGAGGACAAGGUUGGAGGAGCACGCCUGAGCUUCGAGCUGGAGGUGGUGCUGGUGGCUCGCCUGAACCUCGUGGGCGUGAGGAGGAAGCGUCUCAAGGGCGACGCUUGGAUAUACAAACGCGUUUGUGAGGAGGUCCUCCGGCUCACAAACACAGCCGCUCCUGCGCAUGGUUGCAGCAUGCAGCAACAGCCCUCAACAUCUGAAGGCAAGACAGACUCCUUCACCCACAGACCAGUGACAUUCACGCUGUCUAGUUCGACUCACUAGUUCGGUAGCAGCUCUAUCACGGCUCAUCGCGCUCAACUUGGUUUUCGUCUCAACAUUUAUUUUAACGAUUCUCCCCGUGCAUUUAAUUUCUUUUAGUCGCUAAUGCUGCAUAUUUUUUCAGUCCUACAGAAUUCUAGUUGCUUUUUAUGUAGAAAUUUUUCAGCAAGAAUUUUUUGAAAGUUAUUUUUUUCUGAAUAUCUAUUUAGACGGUUGAUUUAAUAGCAAAUUUUGUGCGCAGUUACUUUUUAAAUAACAUUUCAGUCUUUCUUUCUUGUGUAUUUGCCAUUUGGCCAAAUCAGAUUUCGUUACAAUGCGCCGCCUGUCUUCUCUGAAGGCAUUUCAGCUCGUCACAAUUCUCGAAGUUUCACUUUCAGUGUGUGAUGCCCCUGUAAGAAGCAUGGCCUUUUAAAUAUGUGAUGCUCUGUAAUAAGCAUGGCCUUUUUAAUGUGUGAUGAUCUGUAUGAAGUGAGGAUUUUUUAGUGAAUGAUGCCCUGUACGGAGUGAGUAUUUCAUAGUCUAACUCAUUCAUACAACUACAUUUCUAAAAUAUGUGUCGUGCGUAGAUUAUUCGCCUCUCAAAAGAUAAAAAAAAUCAAUUGUGAUUUGCAUCUGCAGUUUUUUUCCUGUUUUUUGCUUUCAUUGAAGUGGUUGUUUGUCUGUUUCUUUGUAAUUUUUCAAAUCGGUCUUGUAACAAGACAGAUGAGACAGAAUGAUAGAUACUAACACGGCCUUAAUAUUAGCUAGACCUAUGAUGUAUAGAUUUUGCGGACCAAACAUAAAAUUUACACGUUACCACGUGUACAUUUGGCUCCUCUGACAGGCGUGAUGUUCAAACGCUGCACAUGUGAAUACUCUACACCUUACACAAACACGAAAGCCAAGCCACAACCUGCAUCAUGUGUAGAUAGAAGAACCUUGGGCUCAUUAGACCUUGCUUGACAUAUGCGCACGACAAAACAAAAUUACUCUUCGUAAUUAAAGGAUAUAUUCAUUGUUUUCUAUAUUAAAUCUUUGCUAGUCUUUACUUGAGAGCUCACCCAAUGUGAAUGUUUUUUAAUGACUUGUAAUGUUUGAAGGUGCGAAGCGAAGCUUGUUCCUAAUGCUCACUGUUGGCCGCAAGUCGAAUUGACAUAACGCCAUCUUUAGUUAAAGUAAGGUCUUCAAUUUGUCGCGCUUCAUUUCCUUAGACUUCAAUUGUUCAUUUGUGUGUUAUUAAGUGUUUGAAUAGAAUAGAUGAUAGGUGCACUUUUGCACAUUAUAUAACUGUAUUUAAAUUUUAUCACAUUUCUUAGAAAUGUAGGCAGCUAAGCUGUGCUAUUUUGCUCCUAACUCAGUAUAAGCACUUUUUUUCAUUAGAUUUUGAAGUAUAACUCAAGCAUGUAGUGGGCAUAUUUCUAUCGGGAUUUGAGUUUAAAAGAAAGCUUAAAGUUUUGCUCUUGAAAAUUUUUAUUCAAACGACAAACAGUAGAAGUUCUAGUGUUCAUACUUGACGAAGGCUCGCUAGUUCACGAAUGUUUUGUAUUCAACAUUAAGCAGUAUUUUUCUCGCAUUUCACAUGAGCAUUAUUUUCAUUACCUCAGCCUGGAAAUUAUAAUCGCCACGAACCAAAUUCAUUCCAAUACCGACAUUCGCUAUGAUUUCCGAGCUUACCAAUUAUUUUCUGAGGUUUGUUUGUAGUUUACUGUUUCAAAUUUUAGUCAUUUGACGGCGGUUAUCGUUUGCAUAUUGACUAUUUAUUGUAGUUGAAUUUAGCCUGUGUGAUUUUUGCAAAAAACACUUUAUCUUAAACUCGACUGGGGGCCAAGGAUCAUCCAAGUGCCAAGUUCAUAGCGAAUAGAUUAAUAAUUAACUUACUCUAAGCUCAAGUUUAUGACGAUUUCAGCAGUACAAAGAGAUAAUUUUCCAUGUUUAUCAACUCUUGACUGUUGCAAUACUGUAUGACUCCCAAUAAAGGAGUGCCGCUUCGCAAAAAAAACUUCAUGUUGAUGCAGCUGCUAUACCUUAAAACAGUUUUGUAGAUUCAUUACUUAAAACAAUAUUCGUUGAGAAGUUGGGUUAACCAAAUACCUUUAAAGUAUCUUAAUUCGCUGCCAAUGUUCGCAUGGUUUGUGGUGGUCAUGGAAUCCAUUCAACGUUUGUGAUAGGUAGGAUUGACAUAGUGAAGAAUCAUCAUUAGCUUGAUGACUUGCCACUUCAUAACUUUUUUAAGUACAUUAUCUGUCGACCUAAAAAUAAUUGUUCUUUCAAAUUAAGCUUAUUUGAUCACCGGACUUAAGGCGACGUUCUCAUACGUUUUAUAUUACAGUGGAUCACACAGUGAGCGAUUAAUGUGAUUGUACCUAAAAUUUCGUAAUUUUGCGUCGAUUGUUCGUAAAAUUCAGUCACAAAUAACGAUUGCCCCUUGAGCAUCAACCUGAUGAUUGGUUGAUGGUUGUAGGAUUUUGCAUUCCAUUCACCGCCUUUUUAUAUCGGGCAACGUAUUUGCGGUGCCUGUGGUUCCUAUCGUAACCUUACUUGCUACUCUACCUACAUUGUAAGCAAACUGCCAUGUGUGCCUCAUAUUUGUGUUAUUACUAGCUGUAUUUUAAUGGUGAUAUACGUAGCUUGUAAGGUGCCGGCUUUCAUAUGAUUUCAUGUUAAACUUGUAGAGCGCCAGCGCGUCUGGUGUAGGCUUAGUUCUUACGCCCACUCUUCGGUAGCGGGUCAUUAUAAUGACAUUUAUUGCUGUGGUUUAGCUGUGGUAAAUAUAUUAUAAUCAAUACUACGCUCUGUACGGCAUGGUUAGGGAUGCGCAGAGUGAUUCACGCAAACUUCCUGUUUUUUUUCGCGCCCAGCAGUCAGAUGAUGUAGGAAAAGUGCGGGGAGUAUUUCAUAUGAAGGGCAAGGUAAUGACGUUUAGUGUCCCUCCUAGUCUGUUGCCACUAUGCAUUGGACAAGUGAGCAACGUGCGUUUUUCUCGAAGCUUACUUUUCAUAUGGCCGUUCCAUUAUAGCUACCCAACAAGCAUUCCAUACUCUGUUCUGUAUUCAUCCUUCAGGUCGGGUUGUUGAUCGUAAAUCGAUUUACCUUGGGGUGAACAUAUUUAGGGCUAAUGGGAGUGUAAAUACAAGAAGGUCUGGAGGCCAGCGGACUGCCACAACACCCGAAAACUUCGAGUGAGUUGGAUAGGCGUUUCUGCGUUCCACAGCCGAGGGAACAUUUUUCUAAAGCGCCACAUCUCCUUGAGAGGUGACCUUUGUCUGGCCCGAUCCCUCGAUUUGGCUCCGUGUGAUUUUUUGUGGUGUUAUCUUAUAUCAGUUGUUUACAAUGACUGUCCAAGGACCCUACCUCAUUUGAAGAACAACAUACGCCAAGCCAACAUACCCGUCAAUAUGCUUCAGCGAGUUGAACGAAACUUCUAAAAUUGGCUAACAUAUUGACAAAGGGGGUUGUCAUUUGUCCGAUUUCGUCUUUAAAACUAAGUGAUACAAAAAUUUAGGUAGUUUUCCUAUAGCAUUUAUAUUGCAGUGAUAUCUUUACUAGUUAUUUUUUCACUGAGCCUUCAAAUCAGGAAAUUUCUGUGAAUCAUCGUGCACUUCGUGUCUCAUCCCCGGUCAACGUGCUGACGACAUUUGAAGCAACAGUGGGCUCAUUAGUGUGUCGUAAGUGUUUACCUCGUGUGCCGAGAUGAUGUACUUGGCACCAAAUUCAUUACUUAAUUAAUUUGGUAAUUCUUUGUUACCGAAUGUUUGAUAAUGACUGAGUGAUGUAUAAAACUUCCAUUUUUGAUUCAA